CCGCUUUGUCCAACAUUGGACGAAUUGCCCCGCCUCAGCGACGACUCACCUUGGACAGUCGACUCCCCGACGUGCGACAGGAGUUUGGUUCGAAAACGCGCCGCGGCUGUCGCUUGACCCUACCUCAUCUGACCUCCCCUGCCGAACGACGUGCCGCGACGAGUCGCUCGUAGCAUCAAAUACUAACGCCCAAACGUGGUUGCUGCUCUCAACGUCUCCUGAAGUCACCUUGGCACACGCGCUGUACAGCCCAAGAAGUCUUCAAGAUGACGACGAGAUACCGUGUCGAAUAUGCCCUCAAGACUCACCGACGAGAUCAGUUCAUCGGUACGUCAAGCCCAUACGCCUCGCUUCUGAUGGCCGUCAAUCUCCCGAAAGAAGGAAGGGUCGUUGAGAUGUGAUACAUUGUCGCCGUCUUGUCGGCUCGCGGAUGCUGAUGUGGCUGUAUCCGACCCUGCCCUUGAUCGCAGGACCAAAGGGCUAACCUUGACGGUCAUUGUAGAGUGGGUGAAGGGCUUGUUGGCCGUACCAUUCGUGCUAUACUCCCAGCCGACAGGCGUGAUUGGCGAUGACACAAACAUCGCCAAGAUGGCCGAGGAGGCGCACAGGCGGUACGCUGAAAUCAUGAGAGACGUCGAGAUGAUGAUCGAUGAUCAUAUUGCGCGUCAAAAGCAGAACCAGCUCCAGGUGCAAGACGGCGCAGCGAACCUGCUCCCGACCGUGCCCUCCAAACUCGGGAUGCUGGUGCCCACGGUGGGCCCCUUCUUCACGCGGCUACCCCUGGAAGCGGCAUUCAAGUACCAGGACCGCAAGCGAUACAUCUCGUCUCGACGCUACGUUGCUCCGUCGUUCAACGACGUGCGGCUGGUUCUGAACUCGGCGCAGACCAUGGCUGUUACAGGUGGAGCGCUCCAGCUGGCCACCUUUGACGGUGACGUGACACUAUACGACGAUGGCGAGAGCCUGGAGCCGUCAAGCCCGAUCAUUCCGAGAUUACUGGACCUGCUGCGCAAGAACAUCAAGAUUGGCAUCGUUACGGCGGCGGGAUACACUGGCGCGGAUCGCUACUACGAACGCCUCCACGGCUUGCUCGACGCCAUCGCCGAGUCGCCGGAUCUGGACAAUACGCAGAAGCACAGCAUUGUCAUCAUGGGCGGGGAGGCAAACUACCUCUUCGAGUUCGACUUAUCCUCCCCAUACCGCCUGGCACCGGUGCCGCGGCAACGCUGGCUGACGCCCGAGAUGGCGGCGUGGUCCGAGGCGGAUAUCAGGGCCCUGUUGGACGUGGCCGAGUCGGCACUGCGAGACUGCGUGCGGACCAUGAACCUCCCGGCGACGGUGUUGCGCAAGGACAGGGCGGUGGGCAUCAUCCCGACGGACCCGUCCGUCCGCAUCGCGCGCGAGUCGCUCGAGGAGACGGUCCUGGUGGUGCAGCGCAUCCUGGAGCUGUCGAGCCUGGGGUCGUCGCUGCAGGUGGCGGGGACGGCGGGGACGGGGCGUCGCGGGGUGCCGUUCUGCGCCUUCAACGGCGGGCGCGACGUCUUCGUCGACAUCGGGGACAAGAGUUGGGGCGUGACGGUGUGCCAGCAGUGGUUCGGGCGCGGGGGCGGCGUGAUCCGCGGGGAGAACACGCUGCACGUCGGCGACCAGUUCCUCAGCGCUGGGUCCAACGACUUCAAGGCGCGGAGCGUGGGCACGACGGCGUGGAUCGCCAGCCCGGCCGAGACGGUGGAGCUGCUGGACGAGCUGGCGGACCUGAUGCAGAAGAAGCUGUCGUGAGGCGUCAAAGCACGGGCUC